UCUCAAUAAUAAAAUAUUAAAUAAAUGAGCAAUGAAAAUGACCAAUGAAUCUUUUAAUAGAUAAAAAUUAUCGUGACGUUCAUUCUGGCAUUUUCUCUUGUUUUCGAAAACAAGGAUAAUGACGUAAAAUAAAAAAUAUUAGAGUGAAAAUAGAAUGUUGCAAGACGGCGUGAACUAUAAAGUGAUUUCGAAGUGACAAGUAUUGAACGCGAUCAAACGGCGAGAUUCUGCUUUCAGCUUCGAUCUCUCUUUCAGUUUUGCUCGUUCCAUUGCCAGGAGUAUUGAUAUUUUGCUGCAAACACUCGUAAAAGAUUCGUAACUGACAUCCAAAGCAUGAGAGACAUAUAUUUGUCCCCGACAAAAGAUGUGUCCAGGAGCUGAUCUUAGGACUUGUUCAAAUCACUUGCCAAAUGUCCAAGGAAGAAGAGUAAUAAACGGAGACCAACAAACACGUGGAGAAUGGAAGCAUGAUUCUAAUACCGCGAGUCCGACGAACUCGACGGAAAACUAGAAGAAGAGCGUCCUGAGAUCAAAGAGAGAUCGAAAAAAAGGGUGGCAUGAGGAGAGAUUGCGGGGAUAUGGAUACCCGCGAGGACGGCGGAGUCGGUCGAUCGCAAGGCUCGAAUCUGUUGACUUAACCGUCUCCAGGAGGAAUCCCGGCAUGCGUUCAGUAGAGCCGGACGAGACGUCGUCGUACUUCUGUUUGAGUUACGCAUUACGAGAGAUUACGUUUGCGACACGCGCAAACUUUGGCAAAGAAAAUUAUCGCGUACCGUUGACGUCACUCGCGGAAUAUAAAUGUCCUCGAGACACAGUUCGAGAGAAGAUUCGCGCCCCUUGCUAAUGUCGUCGCAAAAGAUUAUUUCAAGUCGACGUCGAUCCUGAUAUCAUCUGUGGCAUGUAUGUGACUCCAACGGCGUGGAAAGAAAGUUGCGGCACUAAAGCCUCAAAGAGACCUGGUACCGAGGGCGGUGCAACCUUGUGCCUCUGGUACGGUACCAUUUCCUGAAGGGACGAGGCUGGAUGGUGGUGUGUGCGUGUGCGUUUGAUUGUGUGGAAGAGGGAAAAACACGAGGGAGAACUCGAAGGUAUCCUUCGUGCAGUGGUACCUGCGGCUGAGUGUCUCUUUAAGCCGCUUCAAUACAUCUCGUGUCGGAUGCUUGCGAACACCGUACCGGAUCGUACAAAAUCAACUGUACGAAUCGGUAUCAAACCGUACCAUUGAAGAAUGAAACAAUUUAGUAGAGCAUCGUGAGGAACAGCAAACGAACAUACGUACUUUGGUCGUUAAACGAUGACCGACUGGCCGUCGUUGUGGAGAUGACUACCAGGUUAGUGGCUCGUCCCGAAGACGACGACGACGACGACGAGGUCCACGACGAAGAGGCACGAGACUCGGCCGUGGGCUAUCACUGCCACUGAUAGAGCUGGCAUCUCGUCGCAGCUCACAUCGAUGCCGACCGCCACAUCCACGAAACGAGGAAAUUCAGCGCCGUCACUCCAUUUUCGAGCCCAGCCAGCGCACGUUGGCCGACACAGUUCGGUAAACAAAUGCUCUCGAUGUGAUUUACAGCUUAUGCACUUUCCUUCCCCUAAAGUACUUGCAAGUAAUUCAAUUCCUUCAAAUGUGAUUGUACUUCCUUUCCAUUUUAUUCUCUUUCAUCGUCAGUUUGAUGUUUACAGUUAAAUCGAUAAAUAAAUUUAAAUUGAUAGACAAGUAAGGAAGCCUUUUAUCCAUUUUUCCUAUAUUUCACUCCCACGUAACAGCCCAUUUCACAGAGGGUCUCUUACAAGCUUCGGAACUGAAAUCUAUCUUUUUGAGAAUGUUCACAAACAAAUUUACAGACAUCUUACAUUCAGUUCAAACACAAUUUGCAGAGUAUCAGCAUUCUGCUCGAAUCCGCAAAUCUAUAUAUUCCUCUUUUCUUCUCGCGCACGUGUAACGACAACGAAUCUGUUUGAUUUGCAGGAAUGGGGAGUGUCGGCAGCAACGUGACAGGGACGACGACGACAGAUCCGACGACGUUCCUGCCAGACGCAACGCCGACUCUGAGCGAGCGCGAACAGGUCAAAAUCGAAUUCUACAAAACGUACGACGUCAUGACGGGAAUACGAAUCGCCGCGACCCUCGGCGGCUUCUUCAGCUUAAUGGUGUUGCUGGUAGUUUACAAGAGCAGAUGCAAAGCAAGCAAACAACUGGAAGAUCCGGCUUUGACCGCAGCGGCAGCUGCAGCGGUCGCGGAAGCUGAAGCCGAAGAACAGGCACUCGCCGCCGCUCUUGAGGCAAUCGCCAGGUUACCACCCAGGCCGGGUCGUGGUCCAAGAAGGUCGUUGUGCGUCGAGAUGAACCAGUCUCGUUCACCCAUGGUGGCACCUCGCUUCGCCUCAGUCGGAGGUGGAUACGACGCCCUGCUGGCACCGCCAAUCAGACAACCGAGAUUGGCUCCCCCGGUCGAUCACAGAAGAUGUAGCUCGGUCACCUGUAGCAGCACUGGAAGUAGUUAUCUGGAACGAAGGGGUUCAGCCAUGGUGAUGCCGUGCCUUCCGCCUCCUCCAUCCUACCCGCGUCACGCCGCCUACGAUGAGCCAUGGGAUUUAUAUUACCCUAUCGAUAUCCAGGUAAUACAGCCAACUCCAGAUUUAUCACCAUGCGGUAGUGAGGCCGGUCUUUACGCCGGUGCAGUCGGCAGCCUUAUUGCGGCGUCGUCGGGCAAAAGAGCGCCGUUGGCGUCGAUGGGCAGUGUGGAUCCCCCCGAGCCGGACACCAGGUCGCUCGGCUCCGAUUCCGUCUUCCUAAAGAAUGAAGACGACGAGCAAUGCGUCGACACGGAGGACGAGGUCUCGGGUUUCUCCACGGACUCGGACGCGCCUGGACCGAGUUGUCGGCGGUUCCUACGGGUGCCUUCUAGGAAAAAACGGAUCCCGGAGAAAUGGGACGGAUGCGCGGGCUGCGUGCCCAGGCGACGGGCCGGUAAUAAACCCUGCCAAGAAUGUUUGACCAUCAGUGCCGCCGUCGAAACCUCCAGAUCGCAACCAGCCUCAACGACAACCAGUAGCAGUCAGAGUAGCGUGGAAUCUCCACCGUGUUCACCGCCGAUCGAGUUGAGGCACAGACCACCACCAGCGCCAUUGCCAUCAAUCCCGCCAAUAUGGUCCCAAGAAACGCUCUUUUAGGCUGCGUCUUUCGUAGUGAGCAUGUCCUUCGACCUGUUUUUAUCGGGACACAAAACUAAAUCCAGAAUGUCGACAUCCGAGGAAAUCAUUUGCCUGAAAAAUUGAACUUUAUCUGUUCACCCUGUCAUACCUUUAAAACAUAAUCUCUUCUUUUCUGGGAUCUUAUCGCCUAUUAAAAUAAUUUUAUAUGAAUUUGAAGAUUCAAUCGUAUAUCGUAUUCAUUAUCCGUAAUAUCGGAUAAUGAACUCAAUUAUAAUUUAUGGAUGCAAAAAUCGUUGUAUGCAAUUGUUACAAAAAUAUUUAAAAGUUUGAAUUUUAAUACAAAAUUUUAAAAAUACAAAUAAAA